AUGGACCGAAGUAAGCGGAAUUCAAUAGCAGGAUUUCCACCACGCUUGGAGCGUGCUGAAGACUUUGACAGUGGCACUGGAGGAGAAGGGACUGCAUCCCAGAUAGGAAGAGUUUGUACCUCUUCAUACAGAGCCCUGAUAAGUGCCUUUUCCAGACUUACCCGUCUUGACGACUUCACAUGUGAGAAAAUUGGCUCUGGUUUCUUCUCUGAGGUGUUUAAGGUAAGGCACAGAACUUCAGACCAGGUAAUGGCUUUGAAGAUGAACACACUGAACAGCAACAGAGCAAACAUGCUGAAAGAGGUUCAACUUAUGAAUAGACUCUCACAUCCGAACAUCUUAAGGUUUAUGGGUGUCUGUGUGCAUCAAGGACAGCUGCACGCACUUACUGAGUACAUCAACUGUGGUAACCUGGAACAGCUAUUAGACGGUAACCAGCAUCUGCCCUGGACAGUGAGGGUAAAACUGGCAUAUGACAUUGCAAUGGGAAUCAGAUAUCUUCACUAUAAAGGCAUUUUCCACCGAGACCUUACAUCCAAGAACUGCUUAAUAAAACAUGAUGAGAACGGAUACUCAGCAAUAGUGGGAGACUUUGGUUUAGCAGAGAAGAUUCCUGAUCACAGUGAGAAGUUACCAGUGGUGGGUUCACCCUUCUGGAUGGCACCAGAAGUUCUCAGAGAUGAACCUUAUGAUGAAAAGGCGGAUGUCUUCUCCUAUGGUAUAAUUCUGUGUGAGAUUAUAGCGAGAAUACAGGCAGAUCCAGACUAUCUCCCUCGCACAGAGAAUUUUGGAUUAGAUUAUGAUGCCUUCCAGCACAUGGUGGGAGACUGUCCCCCUGACUUCCUCCAGCUGGCGUUCAACUGCUGUAAUAUGGAUCCAAAGUUGCGUCCUUCAUUUGCUGAUAUUGUCAAAACACUGGAGGAGAUUUUAAACCGCCUGAGAAAUGACGACUCGGAGAGAGAGAUGAAGUUUUUGAACCUUGACAACAGUGAAAGAAAACCCAAAGGGUCAAUUGAAAAAGGACCAGGAGUAAAACGUUUGAGUUCCCUGGAUGAUAAGAUCCCACCCAAGUCACCGCGUCCACGUCGGAAUAUCUGGUUGUCACGCAGCCAGUCGGAUAUCUUCUCCCGCAAGCCUUCCAGGAAGAUAAAUGUGCAGGACCCCUACUAUACACCAAACAAGGGGUUAGGCCGGAAAGUUAAUCCCUUCAGUGCCCGGGAGGACCUCAAGGGGGGAAAGAUCAAAUUCUUUGACAUGCCAAGCAAGUCUGUGAUCUCCCUUGUGUUUGACUUACAUUCUCCAGAGGCAGGUGGAGGACUGAAAAAGCCCAGCCAGUCCCAGUUCCGGCAGGCGUAUAGCACAGACUGGCAAGAAUUUUCCCUUCUUCCUCGGAGGAGAUGCAGAUCACUUCCGCUCUCUCCUGAAUUGCCGCGCAAAGAAUAUGGUCUCUUUGGGGGACUGUCUUCAACUGUCAGCAGGUGUGACCCAACCCAGCUAGGAGCAGAGGUUCGGCAAAAACUCCUGAGCAGCAGUAAAUAUGGUGUGUCAGAGAUUCCCCCCUUUCAAGCCAAGCCUCACAGGCCAGAAUUUCUUUCUGUACCAGGACAAGAGGAGGAUAUGGACUGUUCAGAUGGGCCAGUGGCCCAGGAAGAAAAUGGGUUUUGCCCUGUUGAGAACACGUGUGGAGAUUUAGCAUGUAAUCAACCGAUAAUGCCGGCCCAGCCUGAGGCGCUAUCUUACAAAAAGCUCCUAGUUGAGAAUUCAGUGAACUCUGGGGGAAAUGGCUCCUCACAAGUGUUUGCAGGUUGUCUCCCUUCUGAAGAGAUGGAGGUGGAAGAUGACCUACUGAAAAAUACUCCGCUAGAGUCUACAAAGCCUCUGUUCAGUGUUAGUCCUUCCACCGAGCUGAAGAGAGAGGCAUGGUCCUUCAGGGAGCAGGAUGGGGACAGUCCUGCCCCGUUGUCUCAGACCUCUUCCAAUAUCUCAGCAAGUGGCAGCACAGAGUCAAAUUGUGACAUAUGA